AUGAUUAUUGAGGGAUACUUCAGGUCACCACCUCCAUCAUCCCCUUCACCACCUCCUCCAUAUGUUUAUAAGUCUCCACCACCACCUUCCCCUUCUCCUCCUCCACCAUACUAUUAUAAGUCCCCUCCCCCUCCUUCUCCUUCACCUCCCCCUCCAUAUGUGUACAAAUCUACCCCUCCACCAUCCCCUUCACCCCCACCUCCAUAUGUUUACAAAUCUCCACCUCCGCCAUCUCCUUCACCCCCUCCUCCCUAUGUCUAUAAGUCACGACCACCUCCUUCACCUUCACCACCCCCUCCAUACUACUACAAAUCUCCACCUCCACCUUCUCCAUCGCCUCCUCCACCAUAUGUCUACAAGUCACCGCCACCUCCUUCACCUUCACCACCACCUCCUUAUGUUUACAAGUCUCCACCUCCACUAUCUCCAUCACCUCCUCCAUAUCAUCCCUACCUCUAUAACUCACCCCCACCUUCAGUCUAUUAA